AUGGCGGCAUCGUCGGCGAGGGUAGAUCUGGACGCUCUCCCUGUGGUUAAGUACUGUUCAGAGAAUAACAAGCGGCUCAUUCACUUCUCCACUUGUGAAGUAUACGGGAAAACCAUUGGUAGCUAUCUUCCCCAAGAUAGCCCCUUGCGACAGGAUCCUGCUUACUAUAUCCUUAAAGAAGAUACAUCCCCUUGCAUUUUUGGCCCAAUUGAGAAACAAAGGUGGUCUUAUGCAUGCGCAAAACAAUUGAUCGAGAGGCUAAUCUAUGCUGAGGGUGCUGAAAAUGGCCUUGAAUUCACCAUUGUUAGACCUUUCAACUGGAUGGGCCCUAGGAUGGAUUUCAUUCCAGGGAUUGAUGGUCCCAGUGAAGGUGUUCCCAGGGUUCUUGCUUGCUUUAGCAAUAAUCUUCUCAGACGUGAGCCUUUGAAGCUAGUUGAUGGUGGUGAAUCUCAAAGGACCUUUGUCUAUAUCAAGGAUGCCAUUGAAGCUGUUCUUUUGAUGAUUGAGAAUCCUGCUAGAGCUAAUGGUCAUAUCUUCAAUGUUGGAAACCCCAAUAAUGAAGUUACAGUGAGGCAGCUAGCUGAAAUGAUGACCAAGGUUAGUGAAAAGGGUAUUUUGGGAAAGUAAAAGUUUGGUCCUGUCCUAAG